AUGUCUGAUACUCCUAGUCCACAUGAAAUUGAUGAAAUGUGGAAGCAAUACCUUCGAAAUUCGGCAACCAAUCCGAUUAUGCGAGAGAUGAUUGCUAUGCUUGAUGCAGAUGAAGCAACAAUGCAAAGUUCACGAAGGAGUAGCGGUCCUAGAAAAUAUAGGGAUCGGGAGCGUGAAAGAGGCCAUGAUCGUCUUGUUCGUGAUUAUUUCUGUGAUGAACCCAUCUAUGAUGGCGAUCUUUUUCGUCGUCGGUUUCGAAUGCGAUGGGACUUAUUUGUCAAGAUCGUUGAUGCGAUGAGCAACUACUCACCCUUUUUCACAUUGAGGCAAGAUGCAACUGGAAGGAAUGGUCUAUCACCACUCCAAAAGUGCACCGCAGCUAUUCGACAGUUGGCAUAUGCGGCUCCCGGUGAUUCACUUGAUGAGUACAUGCGGAUGGGUGAGAGUACUGCUUUGGAAUGUCUACAUGAAUUUUGCAGGAGUAUGAUUGCAAUUUAUGGUGAUCGAUAUUUGAGGACUCCAAAUGCAGCAGAUACUGAACGCUUGCUACAAAUGCAUGAAGAAAGACAUGGCUUCCCGGGAAUGCUGGGAAGCCUCGAUUGCAUGCAUUGGGAGUGGAGGAAUUGUCCAGUCGCAUACAAAGGAUACUAUACACGAGGCGAUCAUGGUGUUCCUACAAUAGUUCUUGAAGCGGUGGCAUCGGCAGAUUUGUGGAUAUGGCAUUCUUUCUUUGGCGUCGCCGGAGCAAGCAAUGAUAUCAAUGUUCUUCAUGGAUCUCCAUUAUUUAAUCAAUUCCUUCAGGGAAAUGCCCCACCAGUUCAAUUCACGGUGAAUGGUCGGAUGUAUAACAAAGGAUACUAUCUUACAGAUGGAAUUUAUCCAACUUGGGCUUCAUUCGUCAAGAGUUACCCAGCACCAGGAGAUCCGGUCAGACGAAAAUUUGCGCAGAGACAAGAGGCUGCAAGAAAAGACGUUGAACGAGCGUUUGGAGUGCUACAAGCUCGUUGGGCAGUAGUUCGAAAUCCCGCACGCUCUUAUUUUAAGGAAGACCUUCGCAAUAUAAUGCUCACAUGUAUUAUUUUGCACAACAUGAUCAUUGAGGAUGAGGGUGAAGAAGCAGUCAACUGGUCUGGCGAAGAUGCAACUCCUCAGCAACCAAUACCAAUGGGUACUAACAAUUGGGAAGCAUUUGAAAAUUAUCUCCAAAAUCACAAGGAUUUAACAAAUAAACAAGUCCAUCUCCAACUUCAACAUGAUUUGACACAACAUAUUUGGGCACAAAUCAAUGCCGCAGAUGGCUAG